GGCUCAGUCUACAUAGGCAGUUUGCCAUGUCAUUUCAUCACCCUUUCGUGCCUGAGCUGGAGGAGCCGGAGACGCCCCAUGCUGCUGCCCCGGAGAUGAAGGGCGUUGGUCCGCCCCCCCUUGGGACCCUGAAGUCCAGCAAGACGACAUCUUCCCUGCCGCGAGCGUUGCCCGAUGCCCCGCCGCCGACCGUGGAGCUUUCGGACGCCAUGCAGCAGCUGCUGGACCGCGUGAUCCAGCAGCACAUCCUGGAGCUGUCCAUGGCGGACGACCGCGUGAAGCUGGCCUACUUCGAGCAGCGCGUGGACAGCGUGAUGGAAGACAGCCAGGAGGUGUCCGUGAGCGAAAUGCGGCACCGUCGCUCCACCUCAAUCGGGAGGAAGAAAGGGGUGCAGCAAUUGCGUGCUGACCAGGUGCUGCAUGCCAUAGACCACGACGAGGCAGUGGAGGAGCUCUUCAAGGCCGAUCCACUGCAAGAAGGAUUCUGCGCGGACGAGCCUUUGCACACCAUAACUGCGAGCAAGGAGACCAAGUGGGAGAGGUUCCAGACCUUCCUGCAAUCGACGCAGUUCGACAUGAUGAUCGCGGCCAUGGUGUCCGUGAACGUGCUUUGGAUGGCCUUGAAGCUGCAGAUCGAGGGCUCCAUCUCUGGGUACGAGAUGGGCAUCUACGCGGACCCCCCCAUGGCGGAUUCCAGCCGCGGGACAUGGCAGGUCUUCCAGGAGUGCGGGGACGCGGUCUUCACAGGCGUCUUCGUGCUGGAUGUGGGGGUUCGCAUCGUGGCCCUGAAGUGCGCUUUCUGGAGAGUGUGGCUCAACUAUGUAGACGUGGCUGUGACCAUCGUCUCGAUGAUGGAAGUGGUUAGCUACUGGGCUGUGCCCGUCAAAGUCAACGCGGCGAUCUUUCGCCUGCUGCGCAUCGGGAAGCUCGCACGGGCGCUGCGCAUGCUGCCGGUCACCAACACCCUGGCAUCUUUGCAGCUCUUGGUGAAGGGUCUCACUGCCAGCAGGGGCAUGCUCUUCUGGAGCUUCUGCUUGCUGACCUUCCUGCAGUGCGUGGCGGGGAUGAUCAUCAGCACCCUGUGCCGCGACUACAUCACGGAGACGACCUAUAGCCAGGAGGUGAAGGAUGUGUUCCUGUACUACGGGACCUUCUCCCGCACCUUCCUCUCCAUGUUUGAGAUCCUCUUUGCCAACUGGGGCCCACCAGCACGCGUCUUGGUGGACAAUGUCAGUGAGUGGUACUCACUCUUCUUCCUCCUGUACCGGUGCGUGUUGGGCUUUGCCGUCAUAAAUGUGGUGAACGCAAUUUUUGUGCAACAGACCUUGAAGACGGCGAGUUCAGACGAGGAGCUCUCCUUCAAACAGAAAGAAAAAGACAUCCAGAUGUAUGCGAACAAGGUGAAGAAGCUCUUUCAGACCAUGGACUUCUCGGGGGACGGCUCCAUCAACCUGGAGGAGUUCUCCAAGCUGGUGAAGUCCCCGAAGCUGAAGUUCUGGAUGAGCCAGCUGGAAUUGGAGUACCACGAUCUGCUGAGCCUCUUCGAAUUCUUGGACAACGGCGACGGCGAGAUCACGUUGACGGAGUUCAUCGAAGGCGCGGCGCGGCUGCGGGGAGGAGCCAAGGCGCUGGACAUUUGGCGCAUGGAGACAAAGCUGGAGGUCCUCUUCGAAGAAGUGCUUGGCAUCCUCAAGAUCUUAAAGGUGGAGCGCAGGCCAAGCGUGCAAGCCAAAGAGGAAGCCGCCUCUACUCAAUCUAUCGUGCAGGAUGUCUUCAACAAUUCCCUCUACAAGCACAUCCAGAGCACCUCGCGAAACAGGCAGCCGUCCACAGACAAGACAGCGCAUUGACCUCCUCGCGAACAUCGCGCGCUGGAGGCCUUUUUCGGGGCAGUUGACCUGCCAGCGUUGUACGCGACUCGUGAUCGCUGUCUGAUGGGACGUGGGCAAAAGAAGGUGCACGGGACACCGAACUCGUGUCACCUGCAUUCGGACAUUCCGAAAUUCCCCAGUUUGGACUGUAGCCACUGGAUGAUCACCAGGAGGCUCAGCCAAGAUCAUUGCUUGCCUAUGUGGGCACAGUGCAUACGUCAGCCUUGAAGGAAUGCGUGCAGGUCGCAGAGAAAAUAAGCUGCCACCUCUUCUUGUAUUUGGG